CAGCACUUGCAGUCGUUUUCACCUUAAAAGCGGCUGUCGGGCACGCAAAUGUAACGAAAUAUGUUAGCCAGGUGCAAUGUUUGGGGAUUGGUGUACUGAUUUUUAGAAUCUGCACAUAUCGACUACAGAAUGAUUUGCUAGUUUGAUGAUUGUGUGAUUUUGGUAUGGCGUAAGCGGGAGUCGUCAUAUUCUUGCUGCGGUUUUGAUGGUGCAAAAACAUAUAAUCAUUAGGUGGGGAAGGUAAAAGAGUUUACUGUUAUCAUGGCAAAGUUCAGGACCUGCAAUGAUGCUAGCUUCUUCAGGAGGCAGAAAUAUGGUCUAGUGCUGAAGUAUACAGCUUGUAUUGGAGAUGCUGAAAUUGAGGACAAUGUGGCCAAGAUACCUUUGAACAGAGAUGAUGGCAGUGAUAAGUUGAUCCUCCAAUUCAGAUUCUACAAGAAUGGUGCCAUCAGGGUGACAGUUGAUGAGGCCCAGCCUUUGAGGCCUAGGUAUUCCAUACCAGAAGGGGAUGUGCUGGAGAAGAAUAUUGAAGGAUACCGCAUUACUGUUGUAAAGCAAUCAGCAAGUGCCAUGAUCUUGAAGCUGUAUGACUCAGAAUUAUCAGUGGUGUCACAGCCAUUUACUGCUAAGAUUUCAUGUGCUGGCCAAACAGUAUUUAGCCUCAAUUCAUACAAUUUCUUCAGGAUUGAAUGCUACAGAAAGAAAUCAUACAUGUCCCAGCAAAAUGUCACUGGAUUACAACCAGGCAAGAGAAAGGCAUCUGAUAGCACAGAAGAUGAACCACCACUAAAGAAAAGCAAAAGCAAAGAUGGCAGCAAAAAUCUUAAACCUACUGUUGAACUGAACCAAGGUCUGUGGGAAGAAGACUACCAGGGGGUGGUUGAUUCUAAACCAUAUGGGCCAAGCUCUAUUGGUGCAGAUGUAGUUUUUGUUGGGUUUCAACAUCUUUAUGGUCUACCUGAACAUGCUCUUAGACUCUCACUGGACAAUACAGAGAUGUCUUCCCCUAUCAAGUUAUAUAAUGCAGAUCACUAUGGUUAUGCUGUUGGCUCCACUAUGUCCUUGUAUGGGAAUGUACCUGCUGUAAUUGCUCACAGCCCAGACAUAACAGUAGGGUUCAUGUGGCUGAAUGCUUCAGAAACCUGGGUCAGCAUCAGCAAAGAAACCUGGGUCAGCAUCAGCAAGCAGGAAAAGACACGUAAUGAAAGACCCCAAGUGAUGACCCACUGGGUCUCAGAGAGCGGUGUGAUGGACAUGUUCUUUAUGCCUGGACCCUCACCUUGGGACAUAUUCAAACAGUAUGCAGACUUGACAGGAAAAAGCACAUUGCCUCCACUGUUUGCCUUAGGGUAUCACCAGUGCAGGUGGAAUUAUGAUGAUGAAGCAGAUGUCAGAAGUGUUGAUGCUCGCUUGGAAGAACAGCAGAUCCCAUAUGAUGUCAUAUGGCUGGAUAUAGAGCACACAGAUGGAAAAAGAUAUUUUACAUGGGACAAGGCCAAGUUUCCAGACCCCAAAGCCCUCAUCAAUGAUUUGGCAAGAAAAGGACACAAGGUGGUGACAAUUGUUGAUCCACACAUAAAAAAGGACCCAGAUUAUUACAUUUUUAGAGAAGGUACUGAGAAAGGCUACUUUAUCAAGGAUUUCACAGGGAAAGAUUGUGUAGGAGAGUGCUGGCCAGGUGACAGCUGCUGGCUUGACUACACCAAUCCUGAGGUACGUGAUUACUGGGCCAGUCAAUUUUCCUUGGAGAAAUACCAAGGAUCUACUUUACAGCUGCAUAUAUGGAAUGACAUGAAUGAACCUUCCAUCUUUGGUAACCCAGACACUACUAUGACCAAGGACGCAGUUCAUUACAAGGGAUGGGAGCACAGGGAUUUACACAAUGUGUAUGGAAUGUACCAGCAAAUGGCAACCUAUAAGGGACUUUUAGACAGGUCAUCUGGAAAAGAGAGACCAUUUGUGCUGUCAAGAAGCUUCUUUGCUGGUUCACAGAGAUGGGGGGCUGUAUGGACAGGGGACAAUGUUGCCAGCUGGGAACACCUGAAACUCUCAAUGCCAAUGCUGAUGACACUCAAUCUCUUCGGUAUCAAUUUGUGUGGGACAGAUGUAGGGGGAUUUGAAGGGGAACCAACUGCAGAACUGCUUACAAGGUGGUACCAGACUGCUGCAUACCAACCAUUCUUUAGAGAGCAUUCAACAAAAGGAAGCAAAAGAAGAGAGCCCUAUCUUCAGCCUCCUGAACACCUAGAGGCCAUCCGACAAGCCAUCUAUGCCAGAUAUAGACUGCUGCCAUACUGGUAUACACUAUUCUAUGAGGCUGAAAUUCACUGUAGGCCAGUUAUAAGACCCUUGUGGGUGGAGUUUCCUAAAGAAGAGCAGACAUUUACAGUGGAAGAUUGUUUUAUGAUAGGAAAUGCUCUUUUGGUUCACCCUGUAACUACUGCUGCUGCUAAAUCAGUUGAAGUCUAUUGUCCAGGGGAGAAAGAGCUCUGGUAUGAUGUUGACAGUAACUUAGCCUUGAAUGGUGGACAGAGACAUGAGGUUGCAGUCACACUUAAAAAGACUCCAGUGUUUCAGAGGGGAGGGACUAUUAUCCCUCGAAAGGCAAAGAUUCAGCUGUCAUCAGAGCUCAUGAAAGAUGAUCCUGUAAUUCUUUAUAUUGGUUUAGAUUCUCAGGGAGCUGCAUGUGGCACACUUUAUAUAGAUGAUGGACAUUCAUUUGAUUAUAAAUCUGGGAAUUAUCUUUACUUGGAAUACUCUUUCAAAGAAGAUAGAAUUGAGUGCAGAGUGAAUUCUUGCAACUAUAAACCCCAGUCUUCAGUGAACAAAAUGUACAUAGUUGGAAUGGAAAAAAGGCCAGUGUCUGCAACAUUAGUUCAAGAAUCUGCCUCUACAGAACUGCAGCUCACCUACAACUCUGGGACAAAAUGUUUGACGUUACCUGUGAUGGAAGUGCCAGUGUGGAAACCGUGGACUAUACAGCUGAACUACAACUCCUAGUACCAGUAAAUCUGCAGAGAAGUCUUGCCAAAUGAAAUGCUAAAAACUGGACAUGUAAAUUUCUGAUUUAUAACAUGGAAGUUGAAAUAAUUUUUGCUAAGCUACAUUUAGUUUUGUUAGUGUACAGCAUUUUCAUUACAUAGGAGUGUCGAGUGCAUGCCUUGUGAAGAAAUGUGUAUUUAGCAAAAACUUUUAUGCAAUUUGUAUUAAGAAAUUUUACUGUCAUUUUGCUCAAACUAUUGUUUGUUUUGUAAAACAAGUCAUUUUAAGCUGCAAUUCCACGAGUAAAAAUAGAUCGAGUUUGGUAUUGCACUUCUUUUUAUUCACUUGUUUUAUCUAAUAGCUUUACAGCACCAAAGCAGAUGGCAACUUGAAUAUAUGUACACACAAAUUACUGAAUAAUAAUGGCAGUAACUCUGUCAUAA